AAGAAAAUGGCGGUUGUUGUCACGAAAAGAUGUACUUCCGCUUCACUAUUUUAUUCUGUUCAUGAAUUGGAUUUGGGAAAAUAUAUUAUGAGGAAGUUUUAGUUGAUUACUUAUAAAGUUAAUCGCUGGUAUAUGGUUUAAAUAUGACUUUUACUAACGUACUACUUAUAAGUUCAGCUUAAUUCAUUGAAAAAGCGCGGCAGUAUUACACGGUUUAUUUGUAUGCAUAAACGUGAUAAAGUAUUAAUACACUAUCUAUUUUGUAUUAUAAAUGCGUUUAUGUACUUUUUUAAACAUGUGUAGUUUUGACUUGUCUAUUAUCUUCAUUAGUUUUGGUGUAAUCCGGUUGAAAUGUGUUAGUGAGUUCUUGUUCUAAUAUGACAACAAUGGGUGAAACAGAAGAGUUCAAUACUUUAGCCUUUGAAAAAAGGCUUAUGCAGCUAAAGGACACUCAAGAGAGUAUUCAGUCACUGUCUUCGUGGUGUUUGAAACAGAGGAGCCAUCAUAAAAAAAUUGUAUCUAGCUGGUUGAAUGUGCUAAAAAGAGUUAAAGUUGAGCAGAGAUUGACUCUGUUUUAUUUAGCUAAUGAUGUUAUACAGUAUAGCAAACGAAAAAAUUACGAGUUCGUUGAGAGCUGGGGCCUUAAUUUGCAAAAGGCUACACCUUUGGUCAGAGAUGAAAAAGUACGACCAAAAAUACUACGUAUAUUUAAGAUCUGGGAGCAGAGAUCUGUAUAUGAUGAUGAAUUCCUGUCAGAUCUCACAGGUUUGUUAAGUGCUGGAGCAAUUAAAAAGACUGAUGAUGAUCCUUUGGACUUCCAACCUCAGCAGCUUGUUAAUAAAAUAAAACAAUGUUCUGUAUUAGAAGCAGACACAGAUUUAAGGUUAAAGUAUAUCCAUGAAAGUCCCCUGAAAUUGUCAGAUGCUGAUGCUUUGAGUGCCAAUCUUAAAGAAAGGAGUCUUAAAGAUGAUGUGGAAAAAGAAUUAAAUGAAGGAAUAUCAUGUGUGGAGCGAUACACCCAAGCUCUGCAAAGGGAAAUUGUGGCUAGAGAAGCAUUGCUUGCACUAUUGACAUCAGCCAACCAGUACUAUUCUACCCAAAGGGGCGAAGUUAAAGUUGUCGCUUAUGCAUACAAAAACUUCGGUGCGCGGGUACGUGCAUUGAAGCGUAAGCUGGACGAGUUGAUACCGACUUUACCAAAUGCGGCACCUUCGCCACCUGAGAGGGAUGAGGAUGUGCCCUCGCCUGGGCCUGACGAGGACUUGGAUCUGCCCGCGCCCACAGACAAUGAUGACGACGAUAUAUCUUACAAUAUCGAUCGAACUUUCAACACGUCCAUGGCGGCCGACGGCACACUUUACAAUAUGGGAUUGUCAUCGUUCUUGAACAAUGAUAAUGCUUUAUCAAUCUUUAACGACUCUGGUGACAAUCACAGCAAUAAUGGUAACAAAAUAGAGGUAAUCAAUAGCAGACCAAAUGAAAAACAGGACUUUAAUAUUAAUGAUUUUCUGAAGACAUUAAUACCAAAUGAAAACAGUGCUAAUGCACCUGAUAAUAUUUCAGUGGCUAGUGGGACACUGUCGCAGAAGUCGCAAGAUACGUUGCCUGGUUUAGAUCUACUCACUCCAGACUCUACUGGAAAUCCACCGCCGCCUACAUCCUUCUACGGCACUAUGGAUAAUGUGAUUGACUUGGAUCCGGAACCUUACCAACCUGAGACAGCCAGUCCAUGGAGCAACCCGACGUGGAUUCCACCACCAGCACCCGUGCCGUUGCCAGUGCCGGCGCCUGUGUCUGUGCCGGUGCCUAUUUCUGUGUCAGCGCCGAUGCCUAUGUCCGCGCCGGUGGCCACUCCGCCGCGGAGGGGCGUGUUCUCUGACACGCCAGAGUCACCGCCCCCUGUGCCUUCUGUGCUCCCUCCUGCGCCCUAUUCUAUAAACCUUCAGCCAUUAACUACGAUACCUCCGCCUACUGAUGUCGAUCAUCGAGGAAUUUUACCGCCACCACCACCGCCGCCCGUUUUGCCUAUACUUGGACAUAUGGAGGAUGUGGACCACAGAUUAUUACCCAGUUUGCCACCCGUACCAGUACCACCUCCAGUAACUAGGCAUCAAACGCCACAAGACGUGGACCAUAGGAACUUAAUAUCAUUGACUCACCAACCACAGCCAAGGAUGCCAAUCAUGGGCCCGAGACCAGGAAACGCGAUUAAUUUGGAUCAAGAUUACAGAGUGCCUCCGAUGAUUCCACCGAGUGACAUUGUGGAGAGUGUCGAUAUGGAUUUAUCUGAUGACGAAGAACAGGGAUAUUCGCAACAAUCUGAACACCCUAGACGUCAUAGCUUUAAUAACAACAAAGUAUUAGUGGGCGGCGACAACGGGAAAACUAACCAUAAUUUAAUAAGAAUCAACAGCACAGAAUACGAGAAGCAACCUCACACUGCCCCAGUGUUACCACCCAUGACGAAUCCGUUCGACAAUAUGCCGACGGCAUUGAAGGCUUUAAAUCCUGCUUUACCAAAUUUCCCGAGGCAGAACGAGAGAGAGUUCGAGGAGGAGAACUCUAAUGACAGUGCUUAUGAAGAAGACUUGAGAAGUAGAGGGAUGGAUAAGGAAGUGAGAAAUCCAUCACCGCCGUUCCAGGAAUAUUCGGACGGUGAUUGGAGAGGCCCUCAAAGGUUUCCGGGCCAACGAUUCCCAAGAAAUUGGUCACCGAGGACUCCUUUCAGACCGCAGGGCUUCGGUCCGCAAUUCUGGCCAAGACACGCCCCCCGUCCCCCUGCUAGAUUCCCAGGACCGAGACCCCAACGGUUUUGGUGAUUGUGUGUUUACUCAAGUGAUUGGUUAUAGUGAUAGUGACAAAUGAUAUUGUUGUUUGAUGACCUGUAAGGUGAAAUUUUUUUUCCUAAUGCCCUCUUGGAGCGUAACGAUGGCUUAAUCUGCAAAUUGGCCAACUCCGUUUUAAGCAAUUUUAGAGGAAGGCAAAAAAACUUAAUAAAAAAUUCAAUAUUUACAAUAUCCAUAUUCCAAAAUACUAUGUGGUGCUUUUUUAUUAUGCAUACGGAAUUAACUGAACAUUAUGAAAAAAUAUAUUGAUCACAUACCUUUAAAAUAGAUUUUUGGAGAUGGCCUAUUUGAAAAUUAAAAAAUUAUAAAAAUAUGGGAGUUGUCCACUUUUCUGUAACUCCUAUAUUUAGAUUUAUAUAGAUUUUUUAGAUUAGUUUUGCAUAAUAAGAGAAAAGAAAACUAUAUUUUUGUCACAAAAUAUGUUUUAUUAUGUCUUAUAAUGUUAAAAGUCUUCAUUCAUGUGGUAUGUUGUUGUAGAAGUCCCUGUAGUCCACCGGUAGGGUAGAUUUUAAUUCCUGGAGGUCUUUGAACUUGCGAUUUUUAAUUUGUAGCCGAUUUUUAUAAAGGUUCGGUAAGCUUUCAAUUGCCGUGGGUGCGAUAUUUCUAUCGCAUCGUUGUGGUAGUAACUGCCACUCAUCUUUAAAUCUUAGUUUAAAGUAUAUGUUCCCUUUUUUAUAUUGCAGCGCACGAAUGUCUGUGACCUGAACACAAACAAUUUACCUAAUCAAUCAAUUACACAGUAAAUGUGUUUUUUACAUUCCUACUGAAACCU